AUGGAGACUAGAGCCCCAAUUAAAACCAUGGAAACUCAAAUGGGACAGUUGACUGCUAAAAUGGGCAACCGUACUCAAGAGAAUUCACCUAGCACUAGUGAGGCAAAGGAAAAAGAGCAAUUUCAAGCAAUUUCCUUGAGGAGUGGAAAGAGUUAUGAGGAACCUAGUGGCAAGCAACUAGUUGAAGAUGGGUUUCAAGAUCAACGGGCACAAACACAGACACCAAAGGAAAAGAAGACUACUGAGGGUCUUGCACCGAGAAAAGCUUUGCCUUCGGUUAACAUAGAUCACCAUAUUAAAAUUCCUUACCUUCAAAGACUCCGCAAGAACAACCUCAACAAGCAGUUUUCAAAAUUUCUUGAAAUAUUCAAGAAGCUACACAUUAACAUUCCAUUUGCAGAGGCCUUAGAGCAAAUGCCAACUGACCUGAAGUUCAUGAAAUAA